AUGAGUACCCCGCAAGCACCACUGCCAAAGUCGGUGUUAGGUCGACACCGGCUGUUGGCGCCAACGGCGGGUGUGCAUGUCAGUCCAUUAUGCCUCGGCGGGAUGAACUUCGGCACGGCAUGGAACAGCUUCAUGGGCGAAUGUAGCAAGGAAACAGCGUUUGAGAUUCUCGACUACUUCUACGAGAUGGGAGGCAAUUUCAUCGACACAGCCAACAACUACCAAGCCGAGCAGUCAGAAAUAUGGAUCGGAGAAUGGAUGGCCGCUCGAGGACCCUAUCGAAGGGAUGAAAUGGUCAUAGCCACAAAGUUCACCAGUGGCUAUAAGGUCUUCUCGGAGCCCCAGCUGCAGCAGUCGAACUUUGGAUCGAACAGCUCUAAGUCUCUUGCUUUGAGCGUCGAAGCUUCGCUGAAGAAGCUGCAGACCUCCUACAUCGACCUGUUGUACGUCCAUUACUGGGACAUGACAACUGGAGUAGAGGAGUUGAUGCAAAGCCUCAAUCAACUUGUCGCCUUAGGCAAAGUUCUGUAUCUAGGAAUUAGUGACUGCCCUGCAUGGGUUGUUGUCAAAGCGAAUGACUAUGCCCGGCACCACGGAUUGCGGCCGUUUUCCGUUUAUCAGGGCCGGUGGUCAGCUGCUGAGCGUGACUUCGAGCGCGAUAUUAUUCCCAUGUGCAUCGACCAGGGCAUGGGAAUUGCGCCGUGGGGUGCCUUGGGAAGCGGGUAUUUCAAGCCGACAGAACCAACGCAGGCAGCCGACCAAGGCCGCAACAUGCCGCCCAUCAUCACGGGUAAGGAAAAGGAAGUGAGCCGAGUGCUUGAGAAGAUCGCCACUUCUAGGCCAAUUCCAGUGCCAUUGACCUCCAUCGCUCUGGCAUAUGUCCUGCACAAAGCACCAAAUGUGUUUCCCAUCAUCGGCGGGCGCAAAUUGAGUCACUUGAAAUCCAACAUCGAUGCGUUGGCAAUCCGACUCUCACAAGAAGAAAUUGAUGAGAUCGAGACAGCCUAUCCAUUUGAUAUUGGAUUUCCCCUCAAAUUCCUCUCUGGGACCAAGAAAGCUCCCCAAGGACCCGAGGAUAUUCCUUUCACGAGAAGAAUGGGCCAUUUUGACUUUGUCAAGGCUGCUUCACCAGUCCUGCCUCCAACGGGUGCGGAGGGGUUGGAAGGGGCUGAAAGGGCCAAGGUCUUGGGAUAUAGGCAUCAAUGA